UAUUGUCAACUUUUGAAGUGCGAAAAGUUGGGCGCCUCGCGUGCGAUUAUUGUUUAUAAGUUGUCGUCCGCGAGAGUUUCGUUGAGGUUUUUUUUUGAGGUUUUUUUAACUGUGUCGCGUUUAUUUAUCGCGAGUUUUUUCGAGUGGUGAAGUGUCAAAAAUGAGAUGACGCUCGAUGUAUUUUAAGCCGUUUGUUAUAUAUUUAACAGGCACAUCUGGACCAAACUUGCCAUAAACCAAAGAUGACCCAAAGAAAACCGAAACGAAAACACGUAAACAAAAUAAAACUAUGCACAUCGUGGCAGCUCUCGCGAAAAAAAUAGUAAACGCCCUGCGAAACAUGUUCAAGAAGCCCAAAACUUGAAACGACCAAAAACUGCUCCAAUAUGUCACCUAUUGGCGAAGAUUUCGCCGCGGUGAACUGGUCCAGCGUCACGACCACCGCAUCGACCGAUGACUCCUGCAUCUACGACCAGUCGGAAGCGGUGAACUUCUACAGGUUCGUCACCAACGGCCUCCUGAUCAACAUCAUCGGCCUGCUGGGCCUGCUGGGCAACAUCAUCUCCAUGAUAAUCCUCUCCAGGCCCCAGAUGAGGUCCAGCAUCAACUACCUCCUGAUAGGCCUGGCUAGGAUAGACACCGUCCUGAUAAUCACCAGCAUGCUGCUGUUCGGACUGCCCGGGAUAUACCCCUACUGCAAGUGUCUAUUCACGUACUACUUCAUAGUGUACCCCCACAUCACCACCUUCGUGUUCCCUUUGGCGAUGGUGACACAGACUGCAUCGGUGUAUCUUACCAUAACUGUGUCCCUGGAGAGGUUCGUGGCCGUGUGUCAUCCCUUGAGGGCGAGGUCGCUGUGCACUUACGGGAGGGCUAGGAUAUACGUUAUCGGGAUAGUGAUCUUCUCCGUCAUGUACAACCUACCGAGGUUGUGGGAGGGGAGGGUGCAGAAGUACUGGCACAAGGAGUACAACGUCACCAUCUACUGUCCGCAGCAGUCGUCCUUCAGGGAUAACAUCCUCUACCAAACGAUCUACAUCCACUGGAUGUACUUGAUUUGCAUGUACCUGUUGCCGUUCGGGUCUCUGGCUGUGCUGAACGCCUGCAUUUACAGACAGGUGCUGAAAGCAAACAAGGAGCGCCAGCGGCUCUCCAGGCUGCAGAAGAGAGAAAUAGGCCUGGCAACGAUGCUUCUGGGAGUCGUAGCCGUGUUCUUCGUGUGCAACCUCCUCCCGCUCGUGAUAAAUAUAAUAGAGACUUUCGAGUUGGACAAGAACUUUAACAUAAUCUAUUUAAUCCACGCCAGCAACCUGCUGGUCACAAUUAACUCUAGUGUUAACUUUAUCAUCUACGUGAUAUUCGGUGACAAGUUCAAGAGACUGUUCCUGAUACUGUUCUGUCACAAUUCCUUCUUCAGGUCCGGCACCGACUCGCCAGACGGCGCCACAACGCACGAGGAUAGCUUCAUGUCAAACGGCGGUCGGCAAAGCUUAAGGUUGCACCGCCAGAGCACCAGCAUCAGCCGCAACGGAGUGUCGAGCAGGACGAACGGGUCCUCAAGGGAGUCGCGCAGCACCCGCAGCAGGACGCUGAGUCCUGGACCGUGCGUGUACUAUCCCGCCAACCGAUCCGGCAAGGAGAUAUGCGCCUACGGCGCCCAAGCGACCAUCACGGCGUCGGAAUGA